AUGUACGGCUUCCACUCACGCUCUUCUUCCUCUACAACAUCGCCCCUGGUACCUUCGUCCUCAGUCCCCGCCCCAUCGCCGCCCUAUCGCAACCCGUCCCCCAUCUCCGGCGACGAUGAGCACACUCUCACCAAUCGCAUAAGGCUCCUUACAGGAUCUCAGAAGCGACAACAUCCUACCACCGACAUGUCCCUUUCCUUCGUCGGCUCGCCAGACUUCUCGCCACAAGCUCCUUCACCCAGGACUCGAAGAUCGCGCGCCACCUCCCUGGCCGGCUCAGUUGACAACAGACUCAGUGUGAUCGAUGAGGAUCAGCCUUCGCCACCGGAACCACCUCAAGCCCACAGCACACCCUCUCACAGACCAUUUCAUCAGAGAUUCGGUCUCGGAGAGCCGCCUCGAUAUUCCAACGGCGAUGGGCCGCCGAAGUACUCCUUCUGGGACAUUACCGGCCCCAAAGGCGAAAAGUUUGAUGAUUUACGAAAUAAUGCCUACAUUGCCAAACGAGGCGGCUUGAAACGAAUAUGCCUCAUACUCUCAUUCCUCCUCAUCCUCCUCAUCGCCUUAGCAGUAGGCCUAGGCGUCGGCUUAUCGCAGAAGAAGAAGAACAACUCCCCACCCGCCCCGGCCUCUUCUCCCUCCCCUUCCUCCGCACCAGCCGGUCCAUUCCCCGCCGGUUCCUACACAUUCACGACCUACUUAACACUCGCCGCCUCCAACUGCACGGGCGAAUCUACAGCCUGGACAUGCCAACCCAGCAUGACCUACUCUUCCACCUCACCCUCCUCCCAAGCAGCCUCUAAAGCCCAAUUCAACUGGAUCAUCGCCUCCACAGCCCCCAACACCUUCACCAUCUCCUCCACCCAAAACCCGUUCGCCAUCGACUUCAAAGACGUGCCCCUUUCCAUCCUCGACACCGGCCUCGCGACCGAGCGCUACACCUUCCGCACUACAGUCCCCAAAACUGUCUUUCCCAGCGCCAGUUUCAGCACGCAGUGUUUUUACAACAGCACGCUCUUCUCAGGGAACUUGUAUACGAAGAAGCCGCCGGAUACACCACCAGCUGCGGGAGGGUCGACGGAUAUGGCGUUCCCAGAUUGGAAAUUCGCGGUCGAUGCGGCGCAGAGUGUAGGUGGCGGGGAGGGCGUGCCGGAUUGCUAUAAUGGUGGGCAGAGGGUGACGCAGGGGGAUCUGGCGGAGCAGAAGGGCGCGGGGGAUUUUUGUAGUUGUGGGUAUAAGAAUUAUGAUCUUUAG